UACCACGAUCUCGCCUACCAACGCGGGCUGCAUCAUACCCCGCCGCCGGCACUCGACGGGGUGAUUUCUGUACCGGUAGUUGCUCUGGAUGACGCUGUGGUGUCCUUACUCAUGCCCUCUGAUGCGGCCAGUGAUCUGCUCAACGAGACCCGCGAGCGUGCGGGCGCCAACGUGCCUCCACACCGCGUGUCGAUCGAUGCCGCUUGGGAGGCGGCAAUGGCACGACAGCUGCGGCCGCUCGUCGCCCACUCGUCUGCCGACGUGACGAUUGCGUUGGCACAUCUCAACCUUGCAACAGCGUUUGUCGACGGCGUGUAUCGGCCUGCAAUCCCGCGAGACGGUGCGUUUGGCGUCCUCCUCGUGCUUCUCCCCUCGGUGUUUGCGCCCAACACAGCGUGGUCGCUCCAAGGUCGCGAUCUACACGAGACGUGGGUACCCGCCUCGACGACCACGCACGUGCCAUGGUUCGCCUCCAUUGGCUUCAAGCGUCUCUCGGUCGAUCGGGUCGCAUUCGGGCUGCGCGCUGUCCUCGUCUACCACAUGCUGGCGGCGGUACCGGUACCGGCGCCACCGGCGCCGAAGCCGUUUGCGCUCGUCGCCCCGUUUCCCAAGCACGCCGCGCUCUUUCGGUGCCAAAACCUCGACGCUUUGGAGGCGACGCGACUGCGCCGUGACGACGUCCGCGCGCUCAUGUCCAUCCGCGCCUCGGGCGAGUACUUUGUGGUGCUGGUGCACGUCGUUCUCGAUGCGGAUGCAAGUCGCAUCGUCGAGGCACGUCGUUUCGAUCCGCGUUGCACCAUACCGCAGCGCUUUUUGGACCGGCUCGCGGGCCAGACCAUCGACGCGUGGUUUGCGCUAAACCCAAAUGCACCGAGAACCGCGUUCCAAGCGCUCGUGUGGCCGGCCACGCGCAGCGUCGUGCUUCUCGGAUGCGACGCGGCGCUGCGCGGGCUCGAGGCCCAUGGCGAGGACCAAGAUGUUUUGCUCUACUUUUACCCGACGCCGUGGCGCUCGACGACAAAGAAGCAGAAGACGACUGCGUCGUUGCACCGCCCCGCGCUCGCCAUUGUCACGUGCUUUCCCCACACGGACGCGCGGCUAGUCGCACGCUUGCUGCGCGUCGUCGCCCAGCUGGAUACCCCGCGGCUCUUUGCCACGCUCUUGCGUGACCACAUUGCAGUGUUGGACGCUAACGCGCUAUCGUAUGCAGUUCAGACCUUGGGUCCAGUCAACGCGCUCCCGGGGGUCAUGGCACUCGUCCUCCGUGCGACCAGAUCGGUCCCGAGCCUCUUGGCCGGUGUCGUCGCAUGGACGUCGCAGCUUCAAGACGAGUACUUGGCCACGCCACUGACGACGCUGCCUUGUACGAUGUGCGCGACAACGUGGUCGCCUUUCCGCCCGCCGUGGCCAUCCCGCUACUGA